AUCUCUAGUCUGAGUAUUGUUCGUUUUCUCCGAAUGCCAAUGGCCGAAGUUAAUAAUAUUCACGAAAAAUAUGCUUUCAAGUCAAGAAUAUAAUAAAUGAUAAAAAAAGAUUGUUAAUGCAUGUAAAAUUAAAACAUUUAGUGUAUGUUUGAUCAACGCAUUACAUUUCGCACAAUGUCGAACCACAUGAAUCAUACAUCUUUGUGAACGUUUUAUAAUAUAAUUUUAAUUUUGGAACAUAAAUCGGUGUAUAUCAUAAACAAGUGCAUUAAACAUGCGGGAAUUUAAAGUGGUUGUGCUUGGUUCCGGUGGCGUUGGUAAAUCGGCCCUAACUGUUCAAUUUGUUUCGGGGUGUUUUAUUGAAAAGUAUGAUCCCACCAUCGAGGACUUUUAUAGAAAGGAAAUAGAGGUUGACAAUUCUCCGUGUGUUUUGGAAAUAUUGGAUACAGCCGGAACUGAACAAUUUGCUUCUAUGAGAGAUCUCUACAUAAAAAACGGACAUGGCUUUAUUGUGAUGUAUUCGCUGACAAACCAUCAAACAUUUCAGGAUAUUUCAAGUAUGAAAAAUGUGAUUACUCGAGUUAAAGGAAGCCAACCAGCACCGAUAUUACUUGUAGCAAAUAAAUUUGAUUUGGAUUGUCAAAGAGAAGUAUCAACCGCUGAAGGUAAUGCCCUGGCCCACCUCUGGGAAUGUCCUUUUAUCGAAGCAUCAGCAAAGGAUCGAAUAAAUGUCAAUGAAGUGUUCGCAACUAUUGUUCGAGAGAUGAAUUUAACGCAAGAGAAACGACAAAAAAAGAAAUACUGUUGUUGUACGCUUUUAUAGAAAUUUGUAAAUAUGUAAGAUUAAUAUAGUUAAAAAUAAAAUCACAAAUAUGUAUGUAAAAAAUAUACUGACCAAGUAAUAAGUUUAAUGUCCGAGAUAUUUCAAAAAGGAACAACACCAUGAAAAAAUAAAUAAUAAAA